UAAAUGCACAGGAAAAGUUUUUCUACAAGCUCGAGCAGGGCGGCAGGCAUUAACACAGAUACUCUGUCUCAGAUUGAUACCUGUGGCAAAGGUGGAUGGUUUAUGAGGGUUUCCAAACGCCAGUAUCCUUCUUUAAGGCAUGGGGAGAACUCCGAUUCUACCAUUAGAACACCUUCGACAUUACAGCAUCCUCAGCCAACAGAGAUGGCUUUUGAGAUUGACAAAUACAACUCUCUUGGAACUUUGAGGAGUUCCUUAGUCAAGCAAUUUAAGAAGAGUAAAAGCAAGCCUCUGAAGAAUAAAAACCAGAAGGUUAAACCCUUGCUUUUGAUAACAAAACCAGAGUCAGUCGAGAAGUCCAAAAUCUAUAAUUUUCGCUCAAGUAGUGCUCAGAGAAGAUCUAUGCUUUCCAAGCUGAAGGAGAUUAAAUCAAUGCCUCCACAGACUUCUAGAACUAAGCCCAUGCGCAUGAAGAGCAAGAAAUAAAAGUCCCACAAAUGACCUGAUCAGUAUCUCUCCGUCUGAAGUGAAAUCUUCCACUUUCUAUGCCCAAAGAUUAUCAAUGCAGAAACCCCCAGCGAGCUAUUUAGACUCACAGAGACCAAAUAUGGCUCCACAUUUAUUCUUCCGUGACUUGCAUAAGAGCAGUAGGGUUCAGGAACUUUUUAACGAGUUCCAAGAGAAAGACAAGAAAUAUAAAGUCUGAUCUCAUAUUUUGUUCAACGGAAAUAUAAAGCCCCUUUCCGAGCAUGAGCACAGGUACAAAGACUGUAUUGUCAACAGACCAAGGGAUUAUAGAGACAGCACUGCAAAUUAUAUGGGUGAUAACAUCAACACCUGCAUUCGGUCCUUCCUCAGGAACCACAGAGAUGAGGCUGACAAAGGUAUUUUUGAUGACCUGAGACCAAGGGAGACAUACAAUAUGAACUAACCCUAGCCACUUUGGAUAAACUUUCAAUACAGGUCUUAUAAUUU